AGCACACGAAACCAGAAAAAGGCCAAACAGUGGGCGCCGCCCGCCGCCCGCCGCACCCACCAGAAAAACCGCUCGUUAUCGUUCCACCCCGAGACCACCCGACCGGACCCCCUUCGCCGUCUCCCCGCCGCGCUCGUCGCCGCCGGCCAGAUACAUCCAAUCCAAGAGCCGCCCGCGCGCCCCUGCUCCGACCCCAAUGGCGUGGGGGGCGCCCGCGCGGGCGCAGUCGUCGCGGGUGCAGGCCCUCUACGACCUCUGCAGGCGCACCUUCCCCUCCCCCUCCUCCGCCGCCGCCCCGGCCGCCCCUCCCCCCGCCAGCGCCGUCCGGGCCAUAUCCUCCCUCAUGGAUACUAUCAGCCCCGCGGACCUCGGGCUCAGGGACAACAGCCUCGGGGACGGCGGCGGCGGCGGCGGCGGCGGGCACGGGUUCUUCGACUCGACCUUCGUCAAGGGCGCGGCCAGGGCGGCCAGGUGGGCGCAGCCCAUCACCUACCUGCACGUCUACGAGUGCGACGCCUUCUCUAUUGGAAUAUUCUGCUUGCCAACUUCAGCCGUUAUUCCUCUCCAUGAUCAUCCAGGAAUGACUGUGCUGAGCAAAAUCCUGUAUGGUUCGAUGCAUGUGAAAUCGUAUGACUGGGUAGAGCCUACUGUUCUGGCGAGUAAUCAACAAGUGAGACUGGCCAAGUUACAUGCAGAUGAUGUUCUUACUGCUCCAUGUCCAACUACCGUUUUGUAUCCCCAAAGUGGCGGGAACCUACACUCCUUCACUUCAGUUGCCUCUUGUGCUGUUCUUGAUGUGCUUGCCCCACCAUACGCUGAGGAUGCUGGUCGAAUUUGCACCUAUUUUAAUGAUUAUCCGUUUUCUAGCUUCUCAAGUGGACGCGCAAAGACAGUCGAUAGCCCAGAUAAUUAUGCCUGGAUUGAAGCCAUAAACUCACCUGUGUACAUUAACAUGCGCCCUGGCAUGUAUACUGGCCCGACUGUACAGGACCGCCUAUCAUAACCGACGGACCAAGGAGCAUCAAGUGUGUAUCCGGGCAGCGAGGCACCAAUACAGUUCUUCCAAUGUUGUAGUGUUGUAAAUGUACCGUAACCUGUUACUUUUCUAUUUAGAUUUUGUGCUAGAUGGAUGGCUACAGUGAAUAUACAGUUAGAACUUUCUCAUGCUCCGUUCAGUGGAGGAAUCCACAUUGUGUGGCCUGAGCUUGUUGUGAUACUGUUUUUGCGCCCCCAUAGUAUAUCUGUGUUGGUCUGGUCUAAGUUUGGGUCUAGGGUAGUGAA